CUCGUCCUAUUGCCUUCGGUUCCUUCCUGACUUCCCGGAUUGACAGAACGUUCUAUUGUCUGUGUUCUCGUGAUCCCUCUAGGCCUGUCCAUAGCCGCUCUGCUGUCUGUCUCCUGUCCGAGCUGUGCUGUCAGUCUGUCCCCCGCCUCCUAUACUCACCAUGCCGCAGCAGCAGACCUUCCAGUACCCAGAAGCCGCCCGAGAUGAGAGUGCAGUUGAUGACUAUCAUGGUGUGAAGAUUUGUGAUCCAUACAGAUGGCUUGAAGACCCAGACAGUGAGCAGACGAAGGCGUUUGUUGAAGCCCAGAACAAUAUUACAGUUCCUUUUUUGGAGCGGUGUCCAGUCAGAAAAUUGUUUAAGGAGCGUAUGACAGAACUAUAUGACUAUCCCAAGUACAGCUGUCAUUCCAAGAAAGGCAAUAGGUAUUUUUAUUUCUACAAUUCGGGUCUACAGAACCAGCGAGUGUUGUAUGUGCAAGAUACCCUGGAUGCGGAACCCCACAUUUUCCUUGAUCCAAAUACAUUUUCUGAAGAUGGCACAAUUGCCUUGCGAGGCUGUGCUUUCAGCGAGGAUGGAGAAUAUUUUGCCUAUGGAUUAAGUGAUAGUGGCUCUGACUGGGUAACUAUCAAAUUCAUGAAAGUUUCCAAUAAAGAACAUCUCCCAGAUGUGCUGAAAAGAGUGAAAUUUAGCUGCAUGUCCUGGACACAUGAUGGUGCUGGAAUUUUCUACAACUGCUAUCCAAAACAAGAUGGUAAAAGUGAUGGCACAGAAACAUCCACCAACCUGCAUCAAAAACUGUUCUACCAUGUCUUGGGAACAGACCAGUCGAAAGAUAUUUUAUGUGCUGAAUUUCCAGAUGAACCCAAAUGGAUGGGUGGUGCUGAGGUCUCCGAUGACGGCCAGUAUGUUUUAUUGUCUAUACGAGAGGGAUGUGAACCGGUUAACCGAUUGUGGUACUGCAAUUUACAGAAGCUGCCAAAUGGCAUUACUGAAAUUCUCCCGUGGGUGAAGCUAAUAGAUAACUUCGAAGGAGAAUAUGAAUACAUCACAAAUGAAGGGACAGUUUUCACCUUUAAAACUAACCGCAAUGCACCAAACUACAAGUUAAUUAACAUAGACUUCAAUGAUCCUGAAGAAUCCAAGUGGAAAGAGCUUAUUCCGGAACAUAAUAAAGAUGUCUUAGAGUGGGUAUCAUGCGUCCGUUCCAACUAUCUUGUCCUAUGCUACCUCCAUGAUGUGAAAAACCUCUUACAACUGCAUGACUUGGCCUCUGGAAAUUACUUAAAGACUUUCCCUCUGGAUGUUGGCAGCGUUGUGGGAUACAGUGGGCAGAAAAAAGACUCUGAAAUAUUUUACCAGUUCACUUCCUUUUUAUCACCAGGUAUUAUUUAUCACUGUGACCUGACCAGCGGGGAGUUGGAACCCAGGGUUUUCCGUGAAAUAACCGUUAAAGGAUUUAAUCCAUCCGACUACCAGACUGUACAGGUUUUUUACCCCAGCAAAGAUGGAACCCAAGUACCAAUGUUUAUUGUUCACAAAGCAGGCAUACACCUGGAUGGUUCUCACCCUGCCUUUCUAUACGGCUAUGGUGGAUUCAACAUAUCCAUCACACCAAGUUACGAUGUGUCCAGGCUUAUCUUUGUGAGGCAUCUUGGUGGAAUUCUCGCUGUUGCCAAUAUCAGAGGUGGUGGUGAAUAUGGUGAAACCUGGCAUAAAGGUGCAAUCCUUGGUAACAAGCAGAACUGUUUUGACGACUUCCAAUGUGCUGCUGAGUACCUGAUCAAGGAAAAAUACUCCUCUCCGCAAAAGAUAACAAUCAACGGGGGCUCGAAUGGAGGCCUGUUAGUGGCUGCAUGUUGUAAUCAGCGCCCUGAUCUAUUUGGAUGUGCAAUCGCUCAGGUCGGUGUGAUGGACAUGUUGAAGUUCCAUAAGUUCACAAUUGGCCAUGCAUGGACCACGGACUUUGGAUGCUCAGACAACAAAGAAGACUUCAAAUGGUUACACAAAUAUUCCCCGCUUCACAACAUCAAGGCGUUAGAAGACAAUGGAACGCAGUACCCAGCCACUCUGCUUCUCACAGCUGACCAUGAUGAUAGAGUUGUACCUUUACAUUCCCUGAAAUUUAUAGCUACUCUGCAACAUGAAGUGGGAAAAAAUAAAACCCAGACAAACCCACUCAUGAUUCACGUGGACACCAAGGCUGGCCAUGGCGCAGGGAAACCUACUGCUAAAGUAAUAGAGGAGGUGUCUGACAUGUUUGCUUUUAUUGCAAAAUGUACAGGUCUUGACUGGGUUGAAUGAGUUCAAUGUAUAAGGUCUGCUUAUGAAAACAAGGGCUUUACAAACACAAUCUAAAGAUCAAAUAUUCAUAUGUAAACUUCACAGAUGGAAUUCAUCAAUCAAUCAUCUUUUUGCUUAAUGUUAUUGUUAUGCCAUCUUUUUAAACAUAUCACAGGUGGGAGGGUUGGAUUGUUUAUUUGAGCCGACAUGUUCUGCAAGUUACACUGACUUGUCUAUAAAUUGUAUGCAUUUUACACGAAUGCUAUGGAAGUUGGUCAUAUGUACAAUAUAUUUAUGAUCCAUAUCAAAUUAAUUCUUUCAUUGUCUAUCACAUUUAAUUUUAUUCUUAUUUGAAGGGAAAGACAGACCAUCUGUGAGUUGUUUUUUUUUUAAAUUCUUCACUUCGACUUUUUGUAUUGUACCUUUAAUGUGCUUGGGUAGUUGUUGCACAGUCCUGACAUUGGCAACUAAAGUGGAAUUAAAGCUGUUAAAACGUC